AUGACCCUGGCGAUUAUCAAGGCACCUGUAAAGUUUUUUGAUUCGACCCCAGCUGGACGUAUCCUGAAUCGGUUCUCCAAGGAUAUUGGCUCUAUGGACGACGUAUUGCCACCGCUGUUUCUACAAGCCCUUAUAUUCUGCCUGUUCUCCCUGAUCGCCAUUUUGGUUCCCGCUGCAACAAACUACUGGCUCUUUCUGGCCCUUCUUCCAAUAAUUGGAAUAUUUGUUUACUUCGCCCGCUACUAUCUGAAGUCCUCCAGAGAGCUGAAGAGAAUUGAAGCCAUCACAUGCAGUCCUGUGUACUCACACGUCACUGAGACAGUAGAUGGACUGGAAGUAGUGCACACUUCAAAUAUGAGCAAGACGUUUGUGGACAGACUAAAAUGGUAUCAGGACAAGAACACACAAGCGUUUUUCAUGGUGAUGUCUUCUAAUCGUUGGUUGAGUAUACGCCUUGAUUUGCUGUCUACUGUGUUUGUCACGAUUGUUGCAGUGGCGGCCAUCUUGGCAUCGGAGAGUCCCGCUUUGGCCGGACUCGCCCUAACAUACGCACUACAAACAUUAGACGGCACUCAAUAUGGUGUACGAUCAGCAUCAGAGGUGGAAACCUUGAUGACGUCCGUCGAACGUGUAAUGACGUAUACUGAUAUCGCUUCUGAGCCCGGUUACAGCACCGAGGAACGUCCCCCAGUGCCCUGGCCUAAUGAAGGAAGCUUAGCCAUAGAAGAUCUGUCUUUCAUUUACUUUGAAGGAGGACCUCGUGUCUUAAGGGACAUCAACGUUCAUGUUUCUAGUAAAGAGAAGGUGGGAGUUGUGGGUCGCACCGGUGCUGGAAAGUCAUCUCUGGUAUCAGCGUUGUUUCGUAUGCCAGAUCCUCUGGGAAAGCUGUUUUAG